AAAUUGUAUUGUGGCCGGCAUCUCCAUUAGCGCAGAAUAGCGUCCGGCAGAUCACCACUUCACCGGUAGGUGGCUGAGCGCCUCGGGUUAAAGUAAAGUGUUAAACACCUGCACUGCACCGCAAGUAACCCAACCCUGCUUCCAGUGCAAGUGACUGACCCCGUGACCCGGCCCAUCAUAACAAAUCAAACCAUCACCCGACUUGUUUACCCCCGAAAAUUUGCCGUCUUCUCAUCUCGCUCCCCUCUUUGCGCCGCCCCCAGAUCCGGCACCGCCCGCUGCUCGAACCCGCACCCCACGCCCGCAGGCCGGGACCGGUGGGCGCGCGCCGGGCAGUAGGAGGGAGAGGAAGGGCGGCAUGGCGGCGCCGCCGGCGAGGGCCCGGGCCGACUACGACUACCUUAUCAAGCUUCUUCUCAUUGGGGAUAGCGGUGUUGGCAAGAGUUGCCUCCUGUUGCGGUUCUCUGAUGGUUCCUUCACUACAAGCUUUAUUACCACAAUUGGUAUUGACUUUAAGAUACGGACAAUAGAAUUGGAUGGCAAGCGUAUAAAGCUACAGAUUUGGGAUACAGCGGGCCAAGAACGCUUCCGUACUAUUACCACUGCGUACUACCGUGGAGCUAUGGGUAUCUUGCUGGUUUAUGAUGUCACCGAUGAAUCUUCUUUCAACAACAUCCGAAACUGGAUUCGGAACAUUGAGCAACAUGCCUCUGAUAAUGUCAACAAAAUUUUGGUGGGCAACAAGGCCGAUAUGGACGAAAGCAAGAGGGCUGUACCUACUGCGAAAGGACAAGCACUUGCUGAUGAGUAUGGGAUCAAGUUUUUUGAAACGAGUGCCAAGACAAACCUGAACGUGGAGCAAGUGUUCUUCUCCAUCGCACGUGACAUCAAGCAGAGGCUUGCAGAGACUGAUUCAAAGCCAGAGGACAAGGCAAUCAAAAUUAACAAGCCAGACCAGGGUUCCGAGGCACCAGCUGCCCAGCGAUCUGCAUGCUGCGGUUCAUAAGCAGACGCACGAUAGCCAUAAUCAUUGGUUAUUUGACACUAUUUAUUUCCUGCUUGGCUUUUAUAGGAAGAAUUUGAGGAAGCCACUUAUGAUAUACUGAUGAUGUGGUUGUACUCUUGUUUGCUUCCACUCUUCGAAGCAAGCACCUCUUGCUGUUGACGUAGCUAUUGCACUCUGGACAUCCGUUGGAACAACCUCUCUCCUCCCUACAGUCUACAGUGUGUGAUGGACGAAUUCCAUGCCGUUGGGUUUGCAUUAUCGAUCAAUGCAUGGAUUAACGUAUCGCCCUUGUGUGGAUUGUUGUGUUUUUUUUCUCUCAUGUUGCUGUUCCUUUAGAUUGAAUUUGUUGGGAAGGAAAAUAUAUUUUCCUUUUCUUAUGUAUAUCAGGUGCAUUUUUAUCUUUUGUA